GGGGUGACAUUUUAUAUUUCCUUUUAAAAGUUGCAAUUGAAAUAACUCACAUUGCAGUUAUACAUAGAACUCACCUCUAGGUGAUGCUGUCCCCCUGUACAAAAUAACCAGCUCAGUGCAUUGAAUAAAUGUGCUUGGUUAAUACCACCUGUGUGGACAGUCUAACGCAGGGCUACACCACAAGCACACUUUCGUCAAUUUAACACAAACUGGGCUAUAUGUUGAAGGCAUUUACUGCAGUCUUAAAUUAACUCCUAUUUUUUUGAAAGAGGUAAAACAUCUGUACUGGAUCCUAACCACGGUGGUCUAUUAUCCAAGUUCUUGUAAAUGCUCCCGAUGUGUAUGUUUCUCAUUUUGUUACAUUGACAAAUUAUUUUUUCCUUUUAAAAAAUUAAGAAUGGAGGAAAUGCUUUGAAAAUAUGGCCCAUAGUCUUUAACAUAAAUCAUGUUAAACUUUUUCGGACUGCAUCUAUACUGUGAUAUUUUCUCACGCAUGUUUUUAGCAAUGUGGCAUGCUAGUAGGGUACAAUGCUACUGUACAAUAUGCAUUGAGUAUAGUUUUAAAAUGCAUGUUGCUUUAUUUCAAGAAAUAGGCGAUUUUAGGAAAGUCUAUCAUUAUCAGUUGCAUGAGAGCUGUUUUUAGUCUGGGGUUGUGGGGUCCCAAUCUCUCACAGUAAAUACUGGAACCUACAGGAUGUAUCUUGUCCAUUUUGCAGAUAUUAUGAUUUUUUUCUUUCUUUCUUUGACAAAUACAAUAUUUUUUAUUUUUUUACUUAAUAAGUCUGUGUUAAGGUGCUUCGAUUUCAGGAGCAAAGAUGCCGGUAAUGAGGGCUGCUAUCAGCGAUAUCUAGUGCACAGCUAGUGAACUGCAAUAAAAGCAAAUCUUGAUCCAACGUGCUUUGUCUGAUCUAGCCUGAACUCAGGUGAAAGCCGCUUAACACAGACUUUUAAAAACAUAAGCACGGUAUUUGAGAAACUGCAGUUGAACCAUUGCACACAUCAUAAAAUGGUAAGAGGCAGUACAAAUAAGACCAUGUAACUUGAAGCUAUUUACUUUUUAAAAUGAAAAUGUGUUAUCUUGAUUUAUAUUUUUAAAAGGAAAAUCUUUUUCCCCAUCCUUUGGCAGCCACAGGAUUCUCAAUAUCAUUCCAGAACAGCUCCAAACAAUGAAUUUCUCUUUUCCCUUCUCUCCUCUUCCAUCCAUCCCUUCUCUUCUCCUCUGUUCCCCCUAGCCCAGAUUGUGCCUUCCUCUCUUCCCUCUUUUCUCUUAUACUUUCUCUUCUUCUCCUCUCCCUCCUCCUUGACUCCUUCUUCUUCCCCUGGCUUCAACCUUUCUCAAAUCCUGGGCACUAUCAUUUCAACCUUCUUUUGAGAAAAUGUGAGCUCUCUACCUCUUUAAAACUGAAGAAAAUGUUCAUUUGUUUUUCUCCUUCCUUUCACAGGAUCCUAAUUCCUAACCGUAUUCCAGACCAGAGUUAAACAAUGAAUUUCUCCUCUUCCCCCUCUCCCUUCCUCCCCCAACGACCUCCUCCCUCCUCCCCUGGCUUCUCUCAAAUCCUGGGCACUGUAAUCCUGACCUUGGCAUUUGUUCUGGGUUUCCCGGGGAACUUGUUUGUGGUGUGGACAGUGUUGUGUCGCGUGACCCGGCGCUCCGUCACCUGCCUGCUGGUCUUGAAUUUGGCCGCGGCAGACGCCCUGGUUCUGCUCAGUGCUCCCUUCUUCAUGCGUUAUGUCAUAGGGGGUAGGGGAUGGGAGUUUGGGCCGGCCUUCUGCAAGCUGGUUCAUUACCUCUGCAGUGUCAACAUGUACGCCUCCAUCUUCCUCAUCGCCGCCAUGAGCCUCGACCGUUUCCUGGCCGUGUCCCGUCCCUUCCUGUCCCAGUGGCUGCGUACCAAGAGGUCCCUGCUUAAGAUUCUGCUGGUCAUCUGGAGCCUGGCUUUCCUUUUUGCGAUUCCAAUGCCCUUCUUCCGCAGGGUUUUCCCAAAAGAAGGAUUGUUUUACUGCAUACUGUUCCACAGCGAUCCAAAGCACAUGGUUUUCCAAUACCUGAUGGAGACCAUCUUUGGGUUCCUGAUUCCUUUUUCUAUCAUCAUUUUCUGCUACAGUCAGAUUGGCAGUCGCUUACAGGGUGCCAAAUUCAACAAACGAAGGCGGUCAGGGCGACUCAUCCUUCUCAUCGUGGCUGCCUUUGCGGUUUUCUGGAUGCCCUACCACAUUGUGAACCUGAUCCAGGUUUCGAGUGCUUUAGCUUGGGAAGAAUCGCUCAAAGAGGCUCUCCUGAAUGCUGCGAAAACAGCCAGGCCCAAUGUGACGGCCUUCGCGUUCUUUAGCAGCAGCAUCAACCCUAUUCUCUACGUCUUCGCCGGGAGUUCCCAUAUCCGCAGCGCCGGCUUGAAUUUCAUGGCCAAGAUGUUCGAGGGGACUCAUUCCGAAGGGUCAGGAUCCAGCCGUGUUUCCCGGUCGACCAAAAUUAGCCGGAACGAUUCCCUAGAUUUCGAAAACCUACCGGAGAUGAAACCGCUAUCAACAUAAAAUAUUGUUUACUGCAGGGCAGUUUUAUUAGAAAAAAAAACAUCAAUUUCCCUUCAGAGUUAAAGCCACACUAAAACAUGUUUCCUGGGCGUUAUUACAGGGGUGGACAAUCACAGUCCUGGAGUGCCAUUCCACUCAAGAUUUAAUGGGUUAAAUGAGAUAAUGAACUACUUCAGGGUUUGGAUGGAGGGUUAAUUGAUUCAGUAAAUUUAGAACAGGUUUAGAACAACGACCUGGAGUGGAAAGGCCCUCCAUGAUUGGUCACCCCUAGUUUAUAACAUUCUUCCUUAGUUUAACUUUCUGUCCGUUCUGCUUUGUCAUCUCCCCAGUUUUACAAAUUGUGUCGGGCAGUUUAGCUGCUAGGCACACCAGAUUACUCCCUUUCCCUUCCUUUUCUGUGACUCUAAUGCAAACAAACCAGACAGACACCCAUCCGUCUGCUUCUACCUAUAGCAGCAGAUCAACCAAGUGAUUCGCAGAUUUACAUUAAAACCCCUAGAGCCACAACAGUCAUUGUAUAACCUGAAAAAAAGAUUGAAUUUAAGGUGAAUCUUGGCUGACUCCCAGCCUCAGAGCAGCACAUAACUAGAGUUCUCAGCAACUGCGCAGUUAUCAGCCACAAGACGGUGUUGCUUGUAGGGUUGAGAUUAUAUACCGAGCAUCAAAAGAAACUUAUCACUAAUAUAACACAUUUAUUUUUCGAAAAAAAUAAGGUAAAUAUAUGUUGGCCAUUAACAAAAAGCUUUUGGGUUUGAAUCACUCGAUCAUUCAUCCUUGACCAUGACACACUUGAGUGACUGUGACUGAAGCAUAUGCACUUAAUCACCUAAU